AUGAUUAGCGUUCAGUGCAAUCAACAAGACAUGAUAUUAACAGUUAAUUUUGCCGUACCAUUUAAUGGACGAGUUUAUGCUAAAGGAAAUCCUGCACAGUGUUACAUGUUAGGUACUGGUCAGCAAUCAUUACAGUUUGCUGUUUCAAUGGGAAGCCGUUGUGGAACUAAACUUGAGGGUCCUGAUCUUUAUGUAAAUGAAGUAGUAAUUCAACAACAUCCGGUUAUAAUGACAGAUAACGAUAAAACAAUUCGAGUUAUGUGUUCUUUUGAACCCAGAGAGAGGACAUAUACUUUAGGAAAUCCAUUACAGUCUGAUCAUCCAGCCAUGGAAGUAGCGACUUUGUUUCAGCAUCCAAUUAAAUCAGUAGUCACCAAUACUGUUCCUCCUCCGAAUGUUGUCAUGAGAGUUUUGGAUCAUCAAGGUCAAGAUGCUCGAAGAGUUGGACUAGGAGACGAAUUAACUCUUCGAAUAGAAUUGAGGGAAAUUAACAGUGCUUUCGCUCUGCAUGCUAAAAAUUUAUAUGCAAGAAGUACUAAAGGCGAAAGCCUUUUUCUCAUCGAUGGCAGAGGAUGUCCAAAUGAUCCCAGUAUUUUUCCAACUCUUCAAGUGGAUCAAAGAGAUGGAAAAUCUCUUUAUGCUAACUUUAAAGCUUUUCGCUUUCCGUCAACUGGGAUGGUCAACUUCGAAGUACAGAUAAAGUUUUGUCAAGAUCGAUGCGAACCAGUUAUUUGUAGAAAUGGAGCAAGAUCUCAUGGAAGACGAAAAAGAUCUUUACAUGAUAAUUCUAAUCAAGAAAUUCUUUCCCUAACAACACAGUUUCCGUUUCAAAAGAAUCAAACUUUCAAAAAUAAUUACAUGUUAAAUUCUUCUUUAUCGAGUAAUACAUCUGCUAUCUUCGAGAGAAAAUCACGACUUAAAUACCAGAAUGUAACUGCUCCAAAAUUUUCAAGUUCAACCGCAGAUUUUCAGAAACGAAAUUUUAUGAGGACUUCAAAUUUUACCAGAGAGCAAAAUAUUUGGGAAAAUUAUUCAAAAAUCGUUAACAAUUCUACAAGCAAACCAUUUUUUCAAUCCCAUUCUCCAAGGGAGUUAACACCUUCCGAAAUGUCUAAUUUAAAUCGUCAUUAUUCUAGAGAUCAAGAUUAUACGCAUUCCUAUGAUAACAGACAAUUUGACAGACCAUCCGAAGGAUUUGGUCCUCACUAUCGUGAAUAUCAUCAAAAUUUUCGUCAAGAUUUUCGGCCAAAUUCACCUCCUCCUCUUUAUCCACCAUAUUACAAUAAUCGCGGUACAGAACAUCAAUACAAUCAAUUUCAAUUCCAUUACACAGAUCAACAAUUUGAUGAUCAUAGAAUGCGUCCCGCUUCUCAUCCAAGACAUUAUCAUUCUUCACAUCAAUUACAUUCUUCUCCAAAUUUUCAAAUUCGUGAUCGUCCUAGCAACGACAAAUCGUUUUCUGAAUUGCAAAGUUCUUCGAUACGUGUAAUUUCCAAAGAUCGAGAAUACGAGAGGCCUUUAAACAAUCAUAAUGGACCUAUAUCAGUUCAUUCGUCUACACCUUACUCGCAGCAGCAGCAUGUAUUUAAUCCUCAAAUUCCUAAAGAACGUUACGACUUUCCUCCCAACGUCCAUAAUGUACCCAAUUCUCCAAUGUCUCAUAAUUAUCCUAGCCCAUGGCCCGGAUUUCGUGUUUCAAAUCCAGAUCAAGCUCCUAAUUUGCAUUACAGGAAUCCUUACAAUAACAAUCAGAAUUCGAAUACUCGAAUUUGGACUUCUAAUAACGCUCAACCUUCAAGAGAAGAGACAAAGAAAAAUUCUUCUUAUACACUACAUCAUCCCUCUUCUAUUCGUAAAGAAAAUCGCAAUUUCUCUAGAUCUCCACCUGUUCAUACCCGUCUACCUUCACCUAUACAUCCACCAAUUCUGAGAAACUCUAAUGUGAAAAACUCUUCUCGUCCAUCUCUCAUUUUACAACCACCUCCAAAUAAUUCUCAAACUAUAAAUAUGGAUAGGAAAAAUCCAAUAAACGCUCCUCCCUAUUUAAAUUAUCCGUCAAACAGUAAUAUGAAUGCAGGAAACAGAUUCCCUCCUAGAAACCACCACUGGAAACCAGAAGAGAACAAAUCUAGACCAACGUAUAAAUCGAGGCCACCACAAAAUAAUCACAGAAUUCCACCUAAAGAUGAGAAACAUACCAAUCUUCCUGACGAACUUCCAUUAUCUUUUGCUAUCAUGGUUGGAGAAGAUCAACCAAUGGCUGAUAAAUCUGCUUGGACUUUAGAAAGAAAAACUAGACCCCCGCCAACAGUUUUACCAGAAAUAUCAGAAGAUACGGUAUGCACUUCAAAAACAACUGUAGUAGUCACGGUGACUGCAGUUACUGUCUUGUAUAUAGGAGCGGCAAUAGCGGCUAUAUUUUUCUAUCGUUGGAGACGAAAACAAAAGAGAAAAAAGAGAAGAUAUAUCGAUCCUCAACCACGUUCUCAACCGAAUAAUUCUGAUGUAACGUAUGCCAGUCCUGAAGUCACUUUCAGAAGUAUUUAUGGGGCAUUCCCAAAUGAAAGCUAAAGUUAUCUGUGAUGAUAAAUUACUUGAUGAUACUUGAGAAGUUGGAGGUAGGUUUUUAGUAUGAG